GAUAAGACCGGGAUUUGCCCGAUACGAAAAGUCAUCACGGGGCUCAUGGUUGCAUGAUGAAGUUUGCAGUUGGAUUGCUCAAAAGACAAAUACAUUUUAAAAACCCAGAAGAAGAAAAUUGUUUGUUGAUAUAUAAGAAGUCCAUGUUACCGCCUGUUCCUUGAAAAAAAAACCACAGUGCUUGUCCAGCCCAAUUCUCGAUAACUAGAAUAUGCCUGCUGCUCGUCCAAAAAAAGAAUCACAUUCGACCACGCCUCCUUCAGAUUGUCAAAACAAUGAACCCAGAAGAGCAGAAGGGAGAUCUCGUCAAUCGUGUGAUGCUUGCAGAAGCCGGAAGGUUCGCUGUGCGCGCGAAAACUCUGAUGAUCCCAAGCAGUCAUGCAAGCAUUGUAUCACUCUCGGUGUACCUUGCACAUACGAAUACCAGCCCAAGAAACGCGGUCCCCCAAACCUGUAUCUUCGGCGUCUCCAAGAAGCUGCUGCUGCUGCUGCGAAACUACCGGAGCCCGCUGCUGAUUCAGAACUCUCUGUUUCCCCCGUAUCUACUAGCCAGUCUGUGGUUUCGCCAAGCCUGGGUCCGAAAAGCCCAUUCUCGGAGACACCGAUCAACACAAGCCCGACUAUGUCCAUCCCUUCCAUUGCAAUCUCACCCUCACGGUAUCCCAUAGCCGCUGACUCAUUUCAUGCCCACUAUUCUUCUACCAAUGGCAAUACGAUUUCGUCGCCCCCCUUCACCAAUGAUUUGUCCCACUCUCCCAAAGCCGAAGAGAAUUCCACGUUUCCUGGUUCCGAUUCCUUCAACACGUAUCCCUUGUACAACUGGUCUUAUAAACAGCAUCACUCGCCGUCCACGAUCCCUCCCCUUUCUUACUAUUAUCGUCCUCAUCGCCUUGAGGAAAUAGCGCCUCGAGACACCAUUUAUCUCAUUAUUGCUUUGUUUUUCGAUUUUGUUUAUCCGCUCACUCCAUGUGUUCAUAAACCUUCCUUCAUGGCCGACUUGCAUGCCCGACGAGAAGAACGAGACCCUCUCUUUUUUGCUCUUGUUAUGUCAACCGUAGCUUCGACAUUGGUGCAGGUUCCUCGAUCAUACCUUCCUAUGGAACGUCCUGUGGUCCACAAAUUAGCACAAACAUGUCAUGAAGCUAGUCGACAUAUAUCAGUGGCUUCGUACGACCCUCCGACCUCGAUGCAUGUCGUUAUACGUUACUUCGACUGCGUGUAUCAUUUCUGCGAGGGGCACGAUGCUACACAACACGCAGCAUUCGGGGAGGCUGCGCACAUUGCUGUCACGCUCCGCAUGCACGAAGAGGCCUCUUACGAUGGUCUCGAUCCCAUAGAAUGUGAAGUUCGACGGCGGAUUUUCUGGCUUCUUUUCGGUGCCGAUAAAUCAAUGUCCAUCCUUUUAGGAAGACCCAUUUGUCUCCGAGACGAGGACUGUUCCGUGCACUUCCCGAAAGAGUUGGAUGACGAGUAUAUCACUCCCAGUGCCUAUUUACCACAACCACACGGAAAAACUGCUUUGGUGUCGGGUUUGAACUACACGUCUCGGAUUUUUGCCCUCCUCGGAGAAAUCCUUGUGCGGAUCAGGGUAGACAAGAGGUCUCCACCCCAAGGACAAUUCGCUACCGCCCGGUUGGAAGAGGUGCAGUCACUACACCAGAGAAUACUAGGUGCUUUGAGCCUUGCCCCCGAACCGCUUCGUCUCAAGCCUGUUCUCUCACACUCACAUCUUCCCCCGGAAUAUGGAGGAGCAGGGUUCCGCAAGGCGACUUUUGACGAGGUCAAAGAUUUUUUCGACAAUCCAAAUGCCUCUCGGGCCAAUGCGUUAAAUCCCUUCCUCGUGAUGCAAGCGAACCUCUACGUGACACAGCAACUUGUCCGUUUCGUCAUUGAGCAGUAUCGCGAUGAACUUUUGCUCUCUUUGCAGGGCAGUCUCGACGAUCAGAAGAUGGCUGAGGAUCGGGAAGCGGUUGCCAGCGAAUUGCUCAAUAUCCUUCAUAGCAUCCCCAUUCAAUCGAUUGCUACCAAUGGACCCAGCUUGGUCCACAAAGUACGAUUUGUAGCAUCUACCCUGCUUGAUGCAGUGAAGAAGGCAGAGAUUGCACCUGCCUCAGCGGCCCGCGCUCAUGCGUAUCUUUGGGAUUUCCUCAGCAUCCUAUCCGAAAUUGAGAGGAAUUAUCUUUUGGAUGACGAUCGCGACGGUACUUCAAGCGGAGACGGAAUGCCAAUGAUUGGCUGAAUACACGAAUCUGACAGCAUCGUCCUAAAUAUUUAUCAUUCAUUGGGAUGCUAACCCUCGAUUCAUGGGUUUGGGUUGUAAAGUUAAAUGACAUUGUAUCUUCCUAAAUGCUUUCUGUACCUGUUCUGUACCUAUACCCCCAUUAUACCCUCAUCAUCAAACUUAUUGCUUACUUGUAUUUGACAAAUCUGCUUGUCUCUCUACUUUAUUGUAUCAACAUAGCUACUAGUACUACUACUAGCAACAUGGGUGUUAAGCGUAACGUGCACAAC